AUGGCCCCAGGGGCCACCCACUGCAGCAGCGUCCUGAAGAAGGUUGAGGAGCUGGCCCUGGCCAUGGAGAAGGAAGAUAAGAGCGUUCAAGACACGGAGGUGGCCAGCACGGGGCCUAGCUGGACGGAUGGACAAGUGGCCUUGGGGACCACAGCCAGAGAGAUGCAGGACAGAAGGACCCCAGGGCCCCGCGGGGGCGGUCUGGGGCGGGGCGACCGAGUGGUUAUAGCCGGACCCGCUCGCGGGCCACCAAACGCCUCUCGCCUCUCACCUGCAGCUCCCGACUCAGCCCAGCGCGCAGACCCAGCCCCGCUGGUUGCUGGCCCGCCCAGUCGGGCGGCCGUGGACACAAGCGCCCUGGCGUGGGGCCCGGGAGUGCGCACCCCGGCGCGGGGUCCUGGGGCUAGCCGGCGGCUUCUGCCGCUGCUGCUGCUCCUGCUGCCGCUGCCCACGGGCGCCUGGUACAAGCACGUGGCGAGUCCGCGCUACCACACGGUGGGCCGCGCGGCCGGCCUGCUCAUGGGGCUGCGCCGCUCGCCCUACGUGUGGCGUCGCGCGCUGCCCGCGGCCGCCAGGACCCCGGCUUGGGACGCGCUCGCCCCGGCGCCCGCCGCGCGCAAUGCUCUUCUGCUUUCCCCGGGGCUUCGGGAGCGGCGGGAGGCGCCACGCUGGAGCUCCGCGGCUGCGCGCCCCGUCCAUGCGCUCCGCAGCCCGUCCGCCCCGGAGGAGUUGCGGCUGGACCCGAGUUCAGCGGAGCCCGCCAGACUCAUCGGAGAGACGCCUCCAGCCCCGCCACGCUGGUACCUGCAGCGAAGACCCCUCGCCGGCCCCCGCCUGACCCCCGGACAGCCCUGA